UUUAAACUUAUAAAAAUGGUAAGCAUUGUAGCAAGUUAUGGUGCUGAUAAUUAUGAACAUCUAUUGCCAGAUGUAAUGUAUGUAGUUAGUAAUAUACCUGGCCCAGGAAGUGAACUUGAUGAUUUUGAAACAACGUUUGCUUUAGGGUGCUCUUGUGAACAAGAAUGCAAGGAAAAUUCUUGUUCUUGCAUUCAUGGCACUCAAAAUUAUAUAAACAAUAAAUUGUCAAAUGCAAGCAAAAAUGUUUUGACUGAGUGUAACUCGAUUUGUACUUGCAAUGAAAAAUGUGGUAACCGUUUGGUGCAACAAGGACCUUUAGACUGUUUGGUCAUAAAAGAAACAAUUGUAAAAAAUAUCGGUUUUGGGUUGUUUACUUCUAAACUCAUAAGAAAAGGACAAUUCAUCUGUGAAUAUGCUGGUGAAGUUAUUGGAAUUGAAGAAGCUUAUAAACGAUUUGACGAAAAUAAAGUUAAAGGACAAAUGAAUUAUGUGCUUGUGGUGACAGAACAUAUUGGAGAGAAAAAAAUUACGACUUGCAUAGAUCCAGCAAAAUUUGGAAACAUUGGAAGAUAUGCAAAUCAUAGUUGUGAACCAAAUGCAAUGUUGGUUCCAGUGAGAAUUGAUUUGGUAAUACCAAGACUCUGUUUAUUUGCAAUUAAGGAUAUUGAGUCAAUGGAAGAAAUAACAUUUAAUUAUGCAGGAGUUACAAUCGAUUCCGUCCAUAGUUCAAGUGGGACGCCAUGUCUAUGUGGUGCAGCUGCUUGCACUGGAUACUUACCGCAUUGCCCAAUUUGAAAAGAAAAAUUAUAUCAUUGAAUAUAGUUUUAAUUGAAAAAAGUUUUCUAUAGCUUGAAAUGAACUUAUUUCUAUUUCAGCUUUUAAUUUUUCAACAUUUACUUUCAAAUAAUUCUAUUUGAUGUUAUUUCAUACUUCAUUACUGUAAACGUUUUUUCUGAAUGUGCAAACCAUUAAUUUUAAAUCUGUUAUUGCUAUUGACAAAAAUUUAACAUUGUUACUAUUAAGUGCCAAUUAACAAUAUUGUAAUAAUUAUAGCAUCGCACAUUUACCAAUGUACGAUUCUAAUAAAAUUUGUGACUGCUGUAUAACGAUGAAAAUAAUAAAUUUUACAGAACUGAAAA